AACAACCUGUCAAUUAUAAUAUUUUACACAAGGAGCAUAGCCACAUAGACAAACAAAAUGGACGACUAGCAAAAAGUGCACAGAUUAAUUAAGGAUAUAAUACAGCUUAAAUAUUAAAUAAUUUAUUGUAUAAAUUAUUAUUAUAAAGCAUUAUUAUGAUGACUGUUUUUUAUGGUCUAUUAAACUCUUUAUAUGGUCAUGUCCUCAGAACUUAUAUAUUAACUUUGUUAACUAUGCUUAUGACUUAUAUUAUACCAAAUGUGUUUGUGUUAUUUUUUAAGUAAAUUAAGACAUAAAAAACCUAUUGCUAUCUGUACUCGUAUUAAAACGAAAAAUUAAGAAUCUUAAGUUUAUUUUAAUUGCAUUGUUCAAAUUAUUAUACAUUUAAGUGAUAACUUUGUGCCUUACGUAUUUAUUUUAUUGUACAUUUUUCAAGUGCCUUAAGAAUAUGAAUCAAAAAGUGUGAUCGCAUUUAUUUAACUAAUAUUAUAUACAUAUUUAUUAAUUUUAACACAACUAAAAUAGACUUGAUUUUGUAAAAUAUUAAAACGUCUAAAAUAUAAUUCAUAUAACUUGGUAAAAAUUAAGUUUCUUUAUUAACAUGCAACAUGUCAUACUCAUAUUUUUAAUGUUUGUAGUUAUAUGAAGAAUUAAAAACAUAUAACAUUGCAUAUACAGUAUUUUGUGUUAAUAGCAAUCAGAUGUUCAGAAUGUUUAAAAAUACCAUAUUAUAUUACUCAGCAGGGGGUAGUACAAUUUAUACUCUUGGAAACUGAGAAGUGACUUAUACAUUGAACCUACUAAGUUUAGUUUGUGCAAUAUAAACAAAACCAUACAAUACAACAAAUAUAAGAAGUACAUAUUUAGAUCAAUAUUUUAUCUUAAAAAUGUAUAGGAUAAGUAGACCCUAUGUUGGGUCAACAUCCAAGUCUUGUUUAUGUUCAUGUUUUAAUAUGCAAUACUUCACAACAUCUUAUGGAAUUUUAAAAAUUAUUCAAAUAAUACUGGGGUCCAUUUGUCAAAGUAUAAUGUUGUUCUAUGGGACGAAGUACAUUCCAACAUUUGGAACAUCGUAUGAAUCAUUCCUUACAACUGUUGCUGGAUGUUUAAUGACAACAACAGUCAUUAGUGUAUCUUAUUUGUUAUCAAAAAAUACCGAAGUACUUGUUAGAUCAUCACUUUUUGAAAUAAUUUUUGGAAUUUUUGCAUCAAUCUGUUAUUUGAGUUCUUCAUCAUUAUUAACAAUAGCGGUCUAUACAUUAUUGUAUCCAAUUAUUAUGACUAUGCCAUUUACCUCUUUAUUUUCAGCAGUAAUAUUGGCUUAUAUAUUAGGAUUUAUUCUUGGAGUUAUAUACGGAAUUGAUGCUUAUUGGGCAUUUAAAUACUACAAAGGAUUUUCAUAAAAAAUAUACUAAGUUUGAUUAUAACUAAAUAAUGUUAAUAAUAAUCAUAAUAAUAAAAAAAAAAAAUGUAUUUCAGACAAAAAAAAACUUUUUCAAAACUUACUAUACUUAUAUUCUUAAAAAAUAACAAAUCAGUGUUGCUGUUCCAAUGAGUUGUUAUAAUAUUUGGAAAAACUACAUUUAGUACAUUUAGAUACACAGGACUGAAUGAUUUAAUCAUAAAUAUCUUCACGAUCACACACAUAUUGCACAAUAUCUUUAGGUUUAUGCAACUUUUCAGCAUCUUCAUCAGGUAUUUCAAAACC